UGAUACGCACGUACGCGAUAAUAGAAGUGACGGGCUUCUCAAUGGAGCACAUGUCACGUCUGCUGGCCGUCGAGGGCAAGAUCGAGUCUGCGCCGAAGAACUUCUCAGUAUACGGCCUCCACGGCGAGAUGGACACCGACCCGCAUCUGUUCGGUAACUAUCAAUACGAUGCAAACAGCACCGCCAUACAGUACUUCCCAGUUCAGUAUCCUAAGACGACAGACAUCGGAGGCGUGGCCUACCCGGUCGCCUACGACACGGUGGAGCUGCGGGUGGAGAGUAACCACGGCAACCCCACCUACACCUGCGUGUACAGGUUCCGGGUGCACGGCAACCCGCUCUCCGACAUCCGCCGCGCCACCGAGGACAGCAUCAAGGACAGCGAGACGUAGCACACACUCACACUAUUCCUAAAACAACUCAGGUGCCACGGAAUGGAACUCUGUGACAGUCAAUAUCGUCCAAACAAAUUGUGUUCAAAUGAGGAUAGUAAUCAUUCCUAGGCUUAUUCAGUGUAGUGUAAAGUGGCCUUAUCUAUAUAAAUUUCUUAAUAUUUAUAGUACAAAAACUGUUGACUUUGUUAAGGAUGUACUAAGUAAGUUAUGGACGACCGUGUGCUUCGACCAGUGACGUUUUCAUUAUCUCUGAUACCGCACAAUGCCCGCAAUACGCUUAGUUGUUCUGAAUACUUUUUAACUGUAUUUAUAUGUAGUUUGUUAGUUUACUUUUAAGUUUUUAAUUAAGGUUUUGAUUUUAUAACUAGAUAUAUCAUUUUAAUUGUUGAUUUGGAAACGGUGUGAUCUAACACUAGUAUACUGAAUUUGAUUUAGGUAUCUAUUGUAAAAUACUACGCUAAUAAAAUAUGACCUUUUCAUAUUAACUCAAAGCCUAACUAAACUUAAUCAGUAGGUAAAACAAUGAACUGUUGCAAUUAUCUUUAAAUAUGAUUAAGGCGUAGUAUAAAACUAGGAUAUAUUUAUUUGGUAGCUACUAGUAUUAAAUACUUGACUACGUGUUCAGGCAUCAUGUUUCUAAAGCGACGUUUUUUAUCGAGAUAUAGGUUUAGUAAAGGAGCUAGUCCACUUAGGUUUAAUAAAUUCUAUGCCAAUAUAAAUUAAGUGUUUAGUUUGUCUCAAAAUCUAAUUUAACGAGUGGUGGAGUUGUCAUCCCUACUAACGUUUUGAGAAUCUUAUUAGAUGUUAGGUUAGUAUGUAAAUACAUUUAGUAGCACUGCUUGUUAACGGUUUUCUUUAAAAUCGCUCUGUUAUUACGUCACAGCUAAAAGUACCCAAAGCUACUUAGAUGUGAUAGCGACGCCAUGCCAAUUUGUCUAGCAUUCGUAUCGCGAUUCACGUAUAGCAUAGUAGCAAAAAUAAGGUGUAAAUAAUAUGACGUUGUAACGAAUGAAAUACAUCAUAUUGUCGAUUUAUGUGAUAAGACGUUUGUUUGUUCAAUAACAUUAAAAUCACCUCAAGUCUCGAUAACAGUUAGUCAGUAAGUUAUGAUAGAAACCAAUAUCUUCCUCUCUCUUCAAUAAGCUCCCUACAAAAUAUUGUAUAACACUAAGAAUUAGCAUGCCCGCACGUUUUUAGUUUGAAUAAUAAUAAUGUUUUUUUAAAGUUACCACUAACAUAAUCCAUUGAAUUGUAAAACAUUUAAUGGUCUAAAUUUGUAAAGCAAAUGUUAUAUCUACCAAAAAUUUGUAAGUAAAGUAAAUCAUGUCAAUUAUUCGGAUACCACUUACUACAUUCUCUUUACACAUUUAUUUUACAUUGAAAAAGUUCAAUGUAAUUUACAUUUAAGAUUUUAACACAGAAAUUACUAUCAAUAAAGUACAAUAAUAUCCUUAUCGAAAUUGUAUUUUAUGACAAUAAUAUACUCUAUCUUAGAAAAUAUAUUGUAUGUACUGUUUCUCAGAACACAGAACCAAUAUUUUAUGAAUUUUGACACAGUUUUAUGUCGUUAAUUUUGUAAUACGUUUUAAACUAACCGAUUUAUGAUAUUGCUAAUUAUGUGAAAGUAUUUGUGAUGUUCGAAAUAAAAGUCGUAUUAAAAACUCAUGUUCUUUUA